AUGUCCAAGACCAAGGCUAUCAAGGCUGAGAAGCCCGUCGACAAGACUUUGUCCAAGGUCAAGGAUGCUGGUGUGACCAAGUCGUCCCAGUCUCCUAAGUCCAAGAGCAAGCAGAUUGCCAAGGACCUUGCUUCAAAGGAGAAGAAGCCCAAGAGCAAGAAGAAGGCGCCUACUCCCAGCAGCUCCGAGUCCGAGUCUGACAGUGAGGAGUCUGACUCUUCCAGCUCCAGCUCCAGCGAGAGCGAGGAAGAGAAGAAGCCCGCUAAGGAUGUGAAGAAGGGCGGCAAGGCCGAGAAGAAGGCCGAGUCCUCUUCCGAGUCUGACUCUGACUCUGACAGCGAUGAGGAAAUGGGCGACGCCUCCAGCGACAGCGACAGCUCCAGCGAGAGCGAGGAUGAGAAGCCUGCCAAGAAGGAGGAGAAGAAGGACAACAAGAAGGCUGAAACCAAGCCUGCCGAGUCUUCCUCUGAGUCCGACUCUUCUGAGUCCGACUCUGAGUCCGACUCCGACUCCGAAUCUGAGGAGAAGGAGGCUCCUAAGAAGGAGACCAAGGAGUCCAGCGACAGCGACUCUGACUCUGACUCUGACUCCGACUCCGACUCCGAGUCUGAGGACAAGGCUCCCACCAAGGCUAAGGCCGAGAAGAAGGAGUCUUCUGACGACUCUGAUGACUCGGACGACUCGGACGACGAGUCCGGCUCUGACAGCUCUGACUCUGACUCUGACGAGGAGGAGAAGCCCAAGGACUCCAAGAAGCGCAAGGCUGACGAGGAGUCCGCCCCUACCCAGAAGAAGUCGAAGACUGAGGAGCCAGCUGAGGGUGCCUCGCCCAACCUCUUCGUUGGCAACCUGUCGUGGAACGUCGACGAGGAGUGGUUGGCUUCCGAAUUCCAAGAGUUUGGUGAGCUGGCCGGUGUGCGUAUCGUGACCGAGCGUGAGACUGGUCGCUCUCGUGGAUUCGGAUAUGUCGAGUACACCAACGCCGUCGACUCCGCCAAGGCCUACGCGGCCAAGAAGGACACCGAGCUCGAUGGUCGUAAGAUCAACCUCGACUACGCUACUGGUCGUCCCGCCAACAAGGACCAGGGCAAUGGUGGCGAGCGCGCCCAGGCCCGCGCUCGCUCUUUCGGUGACCAGACCAGCCCCGAAAGUGAGACCUUGUUCGUUGGCAACCUGCCCUUCAGCGCCAACGAGGACUCUGUCCACGAGCUGUUCGGACCCUGCGGUAACGUUAUGGGCAUCCGUCUCCCUACUGACCCUGAGUCAGGCCGUCCCAAGGGUUUCGGUUACGUGCAGUUCUCAUCGGUUGACGAGGCUCGCCAGGCCUUCACCGACCUCAACGGUGCCGACCUGGACGGCCGUCCCAUCCGUCUGGACUACAGCUCGCCCCGUCCAAACAACGGCGGCGGCGGUGCUCGCGGCGGCCGUGGGGGUGGCCGUGGGGGUGGCCGUGGAGGCCGUGGCGGCGGUCGUGGAGGAUUUGACGCUGGUAGCAGGAACCGUGGCGGUAUUACUGAGUUCACAGGCAAGAAGAUGACCUUCUAA